ACGCCCCCAUGCGACGGCCAAUGGGCAGCGGCACCGGCCGGCGCGCGGGAGAUUUGAACGGCGCGGCUCAGCAGCAGCGCAGCCGUCACUGCCAUGGGGGUCUCGGGCAGCGCCCCUGCCACCCCCGCCGCGCCCUGCAACAAGCACCUAGCGCACGUCAGCGACCCCCGCUCCCCCACCGCCGGCAUUCUGCGCACCCCCAUCGAGGUGGUGAGCUCCCCGGCGGGCAGCCCGCAGCCCAGCCCCGUCGAGCCGCCGGCGGGCACCACCCAAGAGCGGGACCCGCGCUCGCCCACGCCCGGCAUCUCCCGCACGCCCAUGAGAGCCGUGUCGAGUGACAGCGUGGACCGCCUAGUGAAGCAGCUCAGCGAGGCCUUCGGGGCAGAGGCCGCGGCCCUGGAGCCGGCGCCGCCGGGAGUGACAGAUCCCGCCGAGGAGCCGGCCCGGCGGAGCGCCCCGCCCGCGGUGGGGGAGCCGGAGGGGCCGCUCUCCCCCAGCACGGGCCCUUCUCGGCCCACCCGCCCCGCCGGGCACGGCUUGACCUCCGUGAGCAAGCCUGUAAGACACAAGCCCAACAACAAAAUCAUGGCAACAUCUGGAGGAACUGGCCGCUCUCCCCUCAGCAUUCUACGAGAUGAUAAUUCUCCCAGUACUCCUGCUCCUCGCCAGGGCAAGAAGCAUGUGUUGGGAGAGAACCUUGGGGAAAAGAAGGAAACCUAG